AACUAAAGAUUUUAGAUCUCGUAAAACCCUCUACCACUCACAUUUCGUGGAAGCAAGACAUGGCGGGUCCUCUGCUUCGAUCUCUCUGGUCAAACACCACUCGAAGAUCCUUCUCCUCCUCUCAAUCUCCCCAUCUCAAAUCAAGAUUCUCCCUCUCCUCCUUACGCGCCUUCUCCGCCGCCACAGCUUCCACGGCCGCCGCCGGAGCUCCCAGCAGCUCGCUAGAUCCCAACCGUCUCCGUAACGUGGCUGUGAUAGCUCAUGUCGAUCACGGGAAGACAACGCUCAUGGACAGGAUUCUCCGUCAGUGCGGAGCCGAUAUCCCUCACGAGCGUGCCAUGGAUUCGAUCAACCUCGAGCGUGAGCGAGGGAUCACUAUCUCUUCAAAGGUGACGUCCGUGUUUUGGAAGGACAAUGAACUUAACAUGGUGGAUACACCUGGUCACGCUGAUUUUGGUGGGGAGGUGGAACGAGUUGUUGGUAUGGUAGAAGGAGCUAUAUUAGUUGUUGAUGCUGGAGAAGGACCUCUUGCACAGACAAAGUUUGUUCUUGCUAAGGCCUUGACGUAUGGGCUACGCCCUAUUCUUCUCUUGAACAAGGUUGAUCGACCUUCAGUUUCAGAAGAGAGGUGUGAUGAAGUGGAGAGUCUGGUGUUUGAUCUUUUUGCAAAUCUUGGUGCUACAGAGGAACAACUAGACUUUCCGGUGCUUUAUGCAUCGGCAAAGGAAGGAUGGGCAUCGUCUACCUUCACCAAAGAACCUCCUGCAGAUGCGAAGAAUAUGUCACAGUUGCUUGAUGCUGUAGUUAAAUAUGUUCCCCCACCAAAAGCAGACCUUGAUGAGCCUUUUCUAAUGCUGGUUUCAAUGAUGGAGAAGGACUUCUAUCUCGGACGUAUAUUAACUGGAAGAGUAUCUUCUGGAGUUGUCCGUGUAGGGGACAAAAUUAGUGGACUACGCCAAACUGAAACCGGCUCCUCCGAGAAAAUAGAAGAAGCAAAGGUUGUGAAGCUGAUGAAAAAGAAAGGUACGACCAUAGUUUCAAUUGACGCUGCUGGAGCUGGUGAUAUCAUCUGCAUGGCUGGUCUGACAGCUCCAUCAAUAGGUCACACGGUGGCUAGUGUAGAGGUCACAACUGCGUUACCUGCUGUUGAACUGGAUCCACCAACAAUUUCUAUGACGUUUGGUGUCAAUGACUCUCCUCUGGCUGGUCGUGAUGGCACCCAAUUAACCGGAGGGAAAAUUGGGGACCGGCUAUUGGCGGAGGCUGAAACAAAUCUUGCCAUAAACGUUAUUCCAGGGUUGUCAGAGUCAUUUGAAGUCCAAGGGAGAGGAGAACUUCAACUUGGUAUCUUGAUUGAGAAUAUGAGACGUGAAGGUUUCGAGCUCUCCGUCUCACCACCUAAAGUCAUGUACAAAACUGAAAACAAACUAAAGCUUGAACCAAUAGAAGAGGUGAUAAUUGAGAUUAAUGAAGAGCACGUAGGAUCAGUGAUGGAAGCUCUAUCCCAUAGGCGGGCUGAAGUUACUGACAUGGGUCCUGUCCCUGGAAAUGAUGGUAGGACGAGACUCACAUUAACUUGUCCUUCAAGAGGUUUGGUUGGGUACAGAUGUGUGUUUAGCAGCGACACCCGUGGAACUGGAUUCAUGCAUCGUGCUUUCCUAAGAUAUGAAAAGUACCGAGGUCCACUUGGCAAUGUUAGGAAAGGAGUAUUGGUGUCGAUGGGAUAUGGAACAAUUACAUCUCAUUCACUGAUGGGUUUGGAAGCUCGUGGGACUCUCUUUGUGUCUCCAGGGCUGGACUCAUACGAUGGCAUGAUUAUUGGUGAGCACUCACGAGAUACAGAUCUUGAUGUUAACCCGGUUAAGGCCAAAGAGCUUACCAACAUUCGAUCUGCUAACAAAGACGAAAAUGUGAAGCUGUCUCCACCUCGCCUCAUGACACUUGAGGAAGCUAUAGGAUACGUUGCCUCAGAUGAACUUAUUGAGGUCACUCCAAAGAGGAUUCGGUUGAGGAAGAGAUGUCUAGACGUUACCAAGCGUAAAUCCCAGAGCAAACGAGCCAAAGAUUAAUCUGAUUUUCCGGUUUCUGAUUUUUUUUUGUUAAGCUGGGUUGGUUCUGGCUAUGGCUUCACGAUCAUACAAAAAGAAUAUUAUUGAAUAUGUACGAGAAACAUUCAGAUUAUAUAGAUUCAUAACUUAUACGCAAGAAGAUAUAUUCUUCUAUUGAAUAACAAAAAAUAAGAUAGGAUCCAUUAUACAUGUUUUGUCAUUGUGAAAGUGUUGUUGUUACUUGGCGCAGUUUCAGACUCUAAUGUUUGGUUAUAUCUGUAACUGAACUCGUAGGAAGAGACAAUAGACGAUACACUAGUAUCUUUGUUAUUCUGAAGUCAACGUAUUUGAUUCAACUACUAUUUUGGGUAGUCCUAAA